AUGUCCUCUCUUCUGUUGAGAGGAGGCAUCUGGCUGUCAUUUGCCGUCGUGGUGGUGGCUGUCUACCUUGGGCUUCAAGGCCCACUCCAGCAGGUCUUCACGUCGAACCCCCAGGGCCAGACAUUCUGUUACUCAAAGGGCGUCACGACUAGAUUCUCAACCAAGUCUUCGGCUGCAUGUUUUACCGUCGAGGACGACGCCAAAGACCGUCUGACAGCCUAUGUUUUGGCACACAAGGGUGUGGGCUCCAGGGAAAACUGGAUCAGGGGCGUGGGCUGGGAUCAGAUGGUCAUGGGGGAGAUGCCAACCGCGGCCAUGCUUGCCGACUUCGACGGGCUUUAUAUCAUGCUUGACCGCGUUGACGUCCACUGCGUAUGGGUCUCCCAAGCCGUCCUUGAUCUGCUGCCGGACGACUUGCCCGAUGUUCCAGGUGGAGAGAUUAUCCGAGAGCCUGGCAUGGGGGUAUUCUGUGACAAUGCCAUGGAGGUCGUCAUGAAGUACUGGCCGCGGCCAGAUGAUGCUCGAAAGACAGCAUUCCUCAAGUCUGCGAUGGCCAGCCUCCACCAAGUCGGACUUGUGGGCGUGCACGAUGCUGGCGUCUACACUAACGAGCUGCCGCUAUACAAGGAGAUUUUCAGUGCAGAUGACUGGACAUUGCGUAUCUAUGCUAUGAUUGAAUGCGAGGAAAGAAACACGUUCUGCCCUGAGAAGGUGCCUGCAUUCACUGAUGGUGAUGGGUUCCUUAGUGUCAAGAGCGUCAAGCUCUUCGCCGAUGGAGCCCUGGGUAGCUGGGGAAGUGCUAUGAUCGAGCCAUACUCUGAUCGUCCCGAUACAGCAGGUUCCCUCCUAGUCAGCGCCUCAACACUGACCUCUCUAGCGAAGUCGUGGUCAUUAGAAGGCUACCAAGUCAACAUUCACGCGAUUGGUGAUCUCGCGAACUGGCUCGCCAUUGACGCGAUGGAAGCCGCCCUUGCCGAUGUCUGCCCAGGAGAAAGUCUUGCACAGAUCAUAUACCCUGAAGACCAGGAACGCAUGCACUCCAUAGGCAUUAUACCAUCGAUUCAGCCCACCCAUGCAACCUCCGAUAUGAGCUAUGCGGAGCUGCGUUUGGGAAGCAAGCGACUCGCCACCGAGGCCUAUAGGAUGCGCUCGUUGCUCGAUCUACAGCCCGUACUAGGGAGUGACUUCCCCGUUGAGCCUCCCAACCCCUUUGAGGGAAUCUAUGCGGCUGUCACGAGGAGAAGUCCCCACACAGGAAAGGGCGCAGAUGGUAGCCUCAACGGAUGGCACCCCGAGGAGACGCUGACGCUCCGCGAGGCGCUGGUGGGCUUCACCGAGGGCCCUGCACAUGGUGCGUUCCUAGAGGGGGAGGCCGGGGUGAUCCAGCCAGGGGCGAUGGCGGACUGGGUCGUCCUGGACGAACCUUUAGAAAGCCUGGAUGUCGAGGACAUUCGUCAUCUCAAAGUGAAGGAGACAUGGGUUGCUGGCCAGCGGGUCUACCUGAGGGAAUGA